GCGGGUCGUGAAGGUGUCGUAGCGUUACCGCUGGCUGCCCAACGGUCGGAAACACGAAUUUCUUUAAGCGUCCACCCCCGGCCGAUGGCUGCAGCAAUUUUGUACGUUGGCGUCUUCCCUCGUGCAACGUGUGUCUCCAGUCGCCGCGAUCGUGACAGCCAAGUGCGUCCCCUCUCCUUCAUGGCUGACCUGUGCCGCAGGCUGCCUUUGUUGCUGCUUGCCGUUGUACUGCUGCUUGCCGUUGUCGUCUUUCAUAUCUGCAUCCUCGGUCGCGUCCCUGGGAGGAAACAGAGGCGGCGAACGACGAAGGCGACCGGGAAGAUGGAGAAGGUGCAGACGAAGAGGACGACGUCCGUAGGGGCUGGCGGGUUGUCACAUCAGCGUUGCAGCUCUGCGGAAGGCGGCAGGCGCCCGUACGACCCGACGCUGUACAGCCACCUGCCGUCCCACGAGAUUCCAUUGCCUCCGAGUGACGACGACAGCGACGAGCCCCGAUCAUCAAUGGUUCCUCUGGGCAGCGGUUCGACACAGGAUUGGAUGGGGAGCCAGCUGUACAGACAGCCCUCAAUGCCGACGUACACUGAUCUGCUGGAGGGGCGGACCCCGGUUGGUUAUGACGGAGGGCUCGUAGAUCUCAGCUUCGGUUUGAGGUCUGGGAGUGGCCAGGACGUCACGCACACCGUUCUCGUGAACCCGGGUUCUGCCAGCAACCACACAGCGCCUUCGGUGGGGCCGUGUGGCCUUCCUGACACCCGCGGCCGGGGUUCUGGUCAGUCGGGCGACGAACGUGGACUCGUUUCGCGAGGGCGGGCGGCAAUGGGCACAACAGGUGUUUGCGCGGAGGGGACGAGGACAGGCGACAGGGGCAAUGACAACGACGACGACGACGACGGGGAGAUGGAGAUUCGUCCGCUGGGGAAGAAACAGGGAGGGCCCAGGGCGACGAGCAAGUCCAGCGAGCCGCGCGCGGGGCGGAGAGGCAAGAAGACUGUGGGAGAUGCGUCGGCAGGCGACGGAGCGAAAAGCAGGGAUUUUUGGACCGUGGAACACAUGAUUGCUCUUGUCAGAGCUAAAAGAGACCAGGAUUUGCAUCUUGCUGGCCUCGGCCACAACAUGGAAAGGAUGAAGACGAAGACAUGGAAGUGGGCCGACAUCGAGAGCAGGCUCGUGCAGAUGGGGGUGACGACUAGAAAGGGCGACGACUGCGGGAAAAAAUGGGACAACAUGUACAUGCAGUUCAAAAUUGUGCACAAGUUCAUGGGAGAAUCGGGGAAGCCUGAUUUCUUCACACUGACGCCGCGGGAGAGAAAGGAGCGGGGGUUCGAUUUUCGGAUGGACGAGCGUGUGUAUUCGGAGAUGAUGGCCAUGUCCAAGGGCGAUCACACUAUACACCCCACGAAUCUGGCGGACAUGGGUGCGGCGGGAGGUGUUCAACUGCCAAGCCGGACUGGAGGUCGGAACGAUUCAGGCGGUAGUGACGGAUGCGGGGAUGGGCAGGACGACGAUCAGGGAUCGACGCGGAAUUCAAGUUUCAGUGGCGGUGCUGUGGACGGGUGCGGCAAAAGGAAGAAUGUGAGACAACAGACCUUCGACACGAUUGCGGACGUCAUGAAGGACCACGGGAGUCUGAUGGCGACGAUGGUGGACAGCGCGAGCAAGAGGCAGUGCUCAAUUCUGACUAGGCAAUGCGACAUUCUCGAGCGAGAGCUAGAAGUGCAGAAGGAACACUACGUGAAGGCCGACCAGGCGAACCUGUUGAUAGGACGGCUCGUUUCUGCAGGCGGUUUCCAUUGCAAGAUCCCCCCUCAUGCGCCACAAGCAUGUGCUAUUUUUUAUGUGGCCAUCAUCGUCGCGGCUCCUGCCCACCACGACUGCGCAUCGUCCACGUGCUCCUUCAUCGACGUGGCCGUCGUCAAUCUCCAAGCGUCGUACUUCCACGUGCUCCUUCGUCCACGUUGCCGAGUUGCGGACGACAUGGCCCCGAGGAACGCAUCAGCGAAGGCCAGGCAAAAUAGCGGGGCGGGCGACGAGGGGGAAACGAAGAGAGGCAGAGGGCAUAUCCCUAAGCCGAAAAGGCAGCGCGUUGAAGAGUCGAGCUCCGAGCACACUGCAGACUUCCAGCCAGAAGAAGUGGUGAUGGUGGACGCGCAAGGUACUUCAGCGGCGCCGCGAUUGGGUUUCGGGCGGGAUGGGUUGACAAGGGAACAACUGUCCACUGUCAAGCAUAGCAUUGUUGUUGGUGCUGCUGGGGCGUCGCAAAGGACCCCGAAGGCGGCAGGGGUUGUCAUAACGGAGGUGCGCGUCCCGAGGCAACUUCCCGCGGCGACGGGGCAGGGCCAGCCACGUCAGGCACUUCCACUGCAACAGCUGGGGGCUUCAGGGGGGGUGAAAGCACAGCCCGCGCAAAAGGGUGAUGCAACGGCGAUUGGCACUCGGACGGCGGCGGCAGAUCACAGUGGUAGAACCAGAGACGCCGAAGGUGCGGGCGAGGAGAGGGUAGACGACGUCCGCCACGACGAGGGAAGAAGAGACGGAAAGCGGGAGGGCGACGACGACGACGACCGUCCACUUGUGACGAGGUUGAAGGGAGCCGCAAAGGAGGAUGGUCUGCAGGAAAGAUCGAAGUUGUGGGUUGAUUGCGACUCUUUCAGGGGUCAGGGACCGGGGAAACCCUUGAGGGAGGCGGUGGGCGAGUGCGCGGACUACUUCAUCACAAUCGCCAACGGAGACGCGGGAGCUGAACCACCUACGAUGCUCAUUCUGUCGUCGAACGACGUGCCGCGCUUCAAGAUCGAGGACCCUGCGCAGCGUGAACCGGCUCUGCGCAGAGCGCGCAACAUCGAGAAACUGGUGCUGCACGCCAUCCAUGGCUGGAUCUUCAAAUCGUCGUCGCGGUUGGUUGGAUUCGCUCGUGCAGAGUCGUACACCAGUGUCAACAUUGCCACAGACGUCGCACGAGCAGUUUGGCAGAGGCAGGAAUGGUCGAACGUGGUGUCCCCUGCACUCGUGUACCACACUCUGGCACUGAAGAUGGACGUGCCUCUAUGGUUCGCGGGGGUGAAGAUUGUGGAUCGGCCCGAGGACGACGGCAUGGCGGCGCGGCAAGAGGCGACAGUUCUUCGCAUCGCGGAGUGCUGGACAGACGCACUGUGGUGUGGACAAUGGGCAGACGGCGGGCGCGUGAAACAGGAGAGGUUGUCUAGGCUUGCGGACUGUCUUCGAGCGUUGUUGAGCGCGUGCAUGUGGAUCAUGCGCAUGGGUGGUGACGACGACCGUUUGCACUACGAGGCGUGCCUUUACUCGUCCGUGGUCACCAAACCGACAAUGAUAGCGGCGGGGUCGUACAUCUUCAACUGGCGGCGACACAUCGUCGACAGCGCGAACCUCGUCUUGGAUCGUAUAGGGAAGGCUCACCUCACGCUGGGAGAAUACCCGCACUGCAUUCCGGAAUGGUGUGAUUGCGGGUUGGUGUUCGGCCACAACGCGGCCCUGAAGAACGUUGCGGAAGCCGCAAAACACGGAUGGAUUGGCAGCGGGCCUGCGGCGGAGGAAGUCGGAGACGAGGACGGUUGACACGUGGGUGCAUUCGUGGCGCAGCGUCAGGGUGCGGAUCAUCGAUUGAUUGGAGUAUUGAAAGACGCAA